CGCGCGGAUGUGUGGACACGGUGGACCAUUGUGGACGCUGAUAUCGUCAGGCCGACUUUUGGAUACUUCAAUUGGCUCAAAGACUUGGAGUCUUGACUGAUUGCGAGCGAGAUGGGCCGACGUAAAAGCAAACGGAAACCGCCUAGCAAAAAGAAGGCCAUUCAACCGUUGGACACACAAUUCAAUUGUCCGUUCUGCAAUCACGAGAAGUCGUGCGAGGUUAAGAUGUAAGUGCACCGAGAAUACGCG